AUGCGACCCUCUCCCGUGCUCGACGAUAUCUCUCCAUCCCAUUUCUCGCGCACGCCUGCACACGAACCUCCCAGUGACGUCUUAUGCAAUAUCGAAACGAUCCCGUAUCCAUCCGAGAAGUCCUCCGGCUCCGCCUCCACAUGCAUCUUGCGCUACAUAUUCGAGAGCUCAUCGGUUCUCAAAGCAUCGGACGCGGCUCCCAGCCACUGCGGGCACAUGCGACGCAUGUCGAAGAUGCCCUGCCUUCCCAACGCGAAGAGCUUGGAGCGCCACCCACUUCCGCAAGGCGAGGUAAAGCGCAAGCUGCACGCUCUGGACUCGGACGACACGGGGGGCGCCGAGGAGGACGCAGCAGGGGUCGGAAGGAACGAGCUCGUGGAAUUGUCCGUUGAUGUACAGGGCUGCGGGCUGCGCGAGCGCCAGGCGAACGCCGUUCUCGGCUCCUUAAAGAGAAGUACUGCAGGCGGAGACUCCGUCCCCCUCGAGUCGUUUGCGGCUAUUUGCCCCGCGUCCGCUCUGCACACGCUGUCUGCCUUCGCUCCCCGCUCCCCGCUGCCCUCAACCCCUCUUCCUCCUCCGCUUCCCUCCGCUUGUGUACGGUCCCGGAAAGCCCCAGACGACCCACUGCUCAUCGACCCAAUCACACACGUCGACAAGAACGUCCGCGACACGUCAUAAACCAGCGGAAGACUUGAGGUAAGCCAUUACAAUCUUUUUUGUUUAUGCAGCCCGUUGCACCGGCGUACUGGGGCGCUCGCAUAGCACACGCACGGUGGCGAGUGCGGACGUGAUGCCAGGUCGCGUUCUGCGAGCAGCGCGCCCGAGGACGGGGAGAGGGUCCGAGUGCUGAUUUGUUGUAUCGCGUGCGCUGUGUGCGUGGAAUAUGACGGGCUCGCGACUCGAAGGUGCCCGACUGUGCUGAUGAGCCCGAUGUGUUGUCCACACUCGAGAGCCAGCCGAUGACGGCUCAGUUUGGUCAAGGGGCCGUUCCCCAUGACCCUGGGGAUGUCCGUACACGGACACGAGGUCCCGUGAGACCGAGUCAGACAUGCCGAGUGCUACGCAUCCUUCGGGAGGUGUGUGGGCGGGACCUCGCUCCCGUAAAAAUGUGUCCGCGCACGGUUCCGAAAAGUCACGGCGGGCAGGUCUUUGACUUUUGGGGACUCGUCCGAGAGCUGGGAAUUUGUGCUCGAACGAGCCGGCGGCGGCGUUGGGGACACGUUCUGCGUGGCGGCAAGG